AUGGCUAAUGUAACGGUGCUGUUGAACCGCAGGGGCGUGGUUUCGUUUGAGCAGCUCCUACUCGAUGUCUCGGAGGCCCUGGGCUUUCCUCGCUGGCACAGGGGCCGGGUCACAAGGCUGUUCACGCCCCAUGGGCGGGAGGUGAGAGGCGUCAGCGACUUCUUCCGAGGCGAGGUGGCGUUCCUGGCCCUGGGGAGGGCCCGGCCGGAGCUGCGGAGCGUGCAGGAGGCCCUGGAGGAGCUGUUCCCGGAGCCGUCUCGUUACCGUGCCGAUGCCGUGCGCGCCUGGGAGAGGAGGCUCCGCCCCCCCCCGGAUAAAGCCGCCAAGGCCGACAGCGGGUACAGCGAGGAGACGGCCGACGGUGACGACGACCGGACGAACACGCGAGCGCCACUGAAGCGCGACGCGCAGUGGGACGCCAAGGCGAGGCCGCACCAGGGCGCCCGGAGGCCCUCGCAGCCCCCUCCCCACGCGGGCAAGACGCGCAGGCACGACCACGACGGCCCCGCCGGCUGUAGACAGCCAAAAGAAAAACACCCCUGCAGACAACCCACCCACCCGCCAAAUCACCUGCAAGCGCUGCGGGGGAAAGGUGGGACUAGGGAGCAGCAGCCCUCCGGGAUUGGUCUGUUCCAGGCGGACAAGGCGCUGAGGGGCGCACACGCUCCGUCUCCGUCGUUGUGUCAAAACUGCUUAGCGGGGCGGAACAAACUGCUAGUGUGUUCUGAGCUGCCCGAACAGAUUCCCAAGAGAGUCCCACUUCCUCCCGUGUCGAGGAAACCCAAACCAAGCCCUACGAAGCAUCCCAAAAGCACUCAUCUGGGGGCCAUCGGCCCGCAGCGGGUGAUCAGAGAUGAGGAGGAACAGUGCCUGGAACAAUUAAAACAUUCGUCCAUAAACUCCCCGCGAGGGGGGCCGCCGGAGCCCGAGGAGACCCAGCGCUGGGUGCCCUUUGACCUCCUGCGAGACAAGAAAGAGGUCGCCCUGUCCGACAUUGAGCGCUGCUACGACAUCGGUCGUGUGAUCGGCGACGGGAACUUUGCGAUCGUGCGGGAGUGCCGGCGUCGCGACACCGGACAGAGCCUGGCCAUGAAGAUCGUGGAGCGCUCCAAGCUGAUUGGCCGAGAGCACAUGAUGCAGAACGAGCUCAGCCUGCUGGGCAGCCUGUCGCACCCGUGUGUGGUGCGGCUGUUUGCCCACUACCACACGCACACCCAGGCCUACCUGGUGCUGGAGCUGGUCAACGGCGGGGAUCUCUUCGAGGCCAUCGCCAGGAGAGGGAAGUUCCCAGAGGACGAGGCGGGGCUCAUCGUGGCGGACGUGAGCGGAGCGCUGAGUUAUAUCCACUCCAAGAGCAUCGUCCACCGGGACCUCAAACCGGAAAACCUUCUGAUUGAGUGCAGGGCCGAUGGCAGCAAUAGACUGAAACUGGGGGACUUCGGUCUCGCCAUGGUGGUCACAGAACCUAUUUUCACAGUCUGUGGCACGCCCACCUAUGUCGCCCCAGAGAUCCUCUCUGAGACAGGUUAUGGUCUGUCGGUGGACGUGUGGGCUCUGGGGGUCAUCCUCUACAUACUUCUCUGUGGCUUCCCUCCGUUCCGCAGUCAGGAUCGAGACCAGGAGGAGCUGUUCAAGCUCAUAAGGGAGGGAAAAGUCCACUUUCUCUCCAAUUACUGGGACCCUGUUUCAGAGGGAGCCAAAGACCUGGUCAAAGGGUUGCUCCAGGGUAACCCCAUCGAGAGGCUCUCAGCCUCCCAGUCUCUACAGCACCCCUGGGUGCAGGCCAUGGCCACUGCCUGCAGACAGGGGGCGCUCACACAGAGGCUGCACAAGACUACUGCCGCACUAGCAGCAGCAGAGUCCAGAGACACACGAGGGCAGACGUCCACAGGGAAAGCCCCCAGAGACAAAAGGACGGCGCACGCAGACAGCCAACCGGGGCUUACACACAAAGCACAGAUUAGCCCUGCAGCGGAGGCUACCGAACCAUCAGGGGCCCACCGUGAGCUGAACGCAGGGGCCCCAGAUUUGCGGGAGGAGGGAUCAUGGCAGGCCGACGCAGCAGAGCACCCUGCGGGGGUGGACGCCGACGCCACGCCGUCUGAACGGCCAGGCUCCUCCUCGACCCCUUCAACAUCCCCGCCACCGCCACAGGCCGUCCCCCCGGACAGCCCCUCACGCUCCCACCGAUCGGGAACCAUGGACACGGCGGCAACGUCGCCCCCAGGUGCUGCUCAGGACGUCCUCCACCAGCCACAGGCACCCGGCGCCCUCCACCCCCUGGUUCUAGAGAGCUCUCUCACAUCAAAACAAACCCAGCCACCGACUGGACCGAUGGAACCCAGCCCCUCCUCCAGCCCAACCACCAGCCCCUGAACCACUGCGACCCCCCCCCCCACCUUCACCCCCAGUACCGCCUUCUUCCCCCUCUCUGUUCUCCAAUCUAAGAUGAUGGAAUCACAAAUCACAGAGACCACCCCCCAGGCUGCCGUCUCAGACAAUACUGCUGAUUUGCACCGCCUGGAAUCCCCUGAAUCCUGGAAGACGGGAGACCCAGAUUCACUCUCUGAGUGAUUGAAUGGCUGCUGAUUAACGAGGAGAGUCGUGCAUUGUGUGCUGAAAUGGGGGGGGUGAAGGAGUGAGUGAGCAGGGUGACAUGGGGGGGCUAUAGGCUGCAGGACCCUGUACACAGGAAUCCCAGGUGGAAAAGUUGAAGUAGUUCUGUGAAGGUCAUCCUUCUUCUGCCAUAAUGUACAUGCCACUGAAAGAAUAGAGGAACGUUUAUAUUAAUUGUAUUUUUCAAUGGAUGCCAUAAUCACAUUGUUACCUUGUAGCACACGCACGCACACUUGCACACCAUGUACUAAUAUCUAGAGAAGCUAAUAUGUUUCUGACAAUGUGGAUAUUACAAAUGAUCUACUAGUAAUAAACUAAACUAAUAAAUAAACAAAUCUAACUGUAAUAUUUGUAUUGUUUUUUUUAUCGAGGACAUAUUAAUCAAUUAUUAAUCUGGCGUAUAUCGACAUAGAAGGUUGAUUUUAAGCCACACAAUUUCACACAUAUAGAGUGUGUUUGUAUGUGUGUGUGUGUGUGUGUGUGUGUGUGUGUGUGUGUGUGUGUGUGUGUGUGUGUGUGUGUGUGUU